AGCUGCACCUCAAACUACAACUGUUUACGUACCGCCACCCCAACAGCAGCCUGCGUUUGCACAACAGCCGACAGGUCCUCACCCAGGCCAGCAUCAACCCUACCAAAGCCCACAACAGUACCCUCCAGCGACCUAUCAAAUGCAGGCCACUUCUCCAUAUCACGGUAGCCAGGAACCACCACCACCUUAUGAUUACAAGAGCACUGCUGCAAGUCCAGAACCUGUCGUACCUUCAGCACCCCCAGCUUACUAAAAAUAGAUUCAUUGUCAUGUAGGUUUAAGGUAAUAGUCAGCAGUUUGUAGUGGGAUGUAGGCCUACAUGCAGUAUGUAGACCAUCUGUAAGGUUUCCAAUGUGUACUUUAUAUCUUCACAAUGUGGUGUACUGCAAGCUAUUCGCACAUUGAUAAAGUUUGGUUAGAAUCGCUCACCCUAUCGGCGAUAGUCACUGACAGUUGUGGAUAAUGUUGAACCUAAUUCAACUAAGCCGAUUCCAUUGCAGACAAAUUAAGGUGCAGUGCUAGCUGCCCUGAUGCAAUCAGGAAGGCACCCGAUUAGUCUGCAACUUAAAAAAAAAGUUGAACCAGGUUCAACCUUCCCGACAUCUGUCGGCAACUGUCACCGAUAGUGGGAGUGAUUCUAUGGAAACCAAGCCUAACUCUACAUGAUGUUAUGCCUUGUCCAGGCAAUCAAGUUUAAUUUGACAAUAACAUGUGACAUGUCUAAAUAUGGUCAUGAUAACAUCACAUCCUGAACAUAUAUAUGCACAUCAUGACUAUAUAUGGGCAUACAACAGUUUUUUGUCAAAGAACUUGUGAUAAUCUGGACACAGCCUUUAUGAUAUCAGAUACUUAUGAUGCAAUGCCAUAUCUAGAAUUAUUGACUUGGAGGGCACAUUGAUAAGGGAUGGUGUUGGAAGCUGGGUGGUAUGGGGGCUUGCUGCCAAUUGAUUUGUGGUCUUAUUGAACUACUUGAGUGUCAUAUUUUGCUCAGUUAGAGGGUGCGACAUCUUUUUCAAGGGAUGUCCCUUCCCCACACAGCCUUUUGAUAUGCCAGUGAUAAAAAUGUGCAAAUAAAUAAACUAUUAUAAGUACUGGUAUUUCUGCAGCUUAUUCAACAUUCUACCAACUGUAUUUAGUGUUCAACAAUACAACAUUUUU